AUGGGAAUCGGUAGUCCACUCGGCCGCGAGGGGCUCGGUCCCGACCCGAUGCUCGGUCUCGACCCGGUGCUCGGCCCACGGCCCUCCAGCGAUCCUCCGUCUUCGAUCCACGAUUUCGCCCAGCAACAUAAAUCCCCGGCACCAAAUGGGGGCAAGAGCGACCAUGAAGACAGAAGCUCUGAGCCGAUAAGUCUCGACAAAGGCAAACCGGCAGAUCGGCCAGAGUCCUCGGAGAAGCGACAUAACCAAAAGAAGAAGGGAUUCGACCUCGAAGAACUACUGGAUCAAGCCGACUCACCAUUCACGGAGGAGAUCAUGAGAGAGAAGAGGACGACAGAGAGUCUGCACGACUAUGUAACUCGGUUCAACAAGGAGAAGCUGCAGGUAGAAGGCCUUACAGACGCUGUAUCUCUGCUGGCCUUCAUAUUCGGCGUCAGGGAUGAACAUUUGUCAUUUUCGUUCGGAAAGAGAACACCGAGUACCUUCUCGGAGGCACUGAGCCGAGCUCAAAGGUACAUGAGCGCUGGUGAGUUCUUUUACUCAAAAAGGGAGUCAAACGGAAAGCGAACUGACCAAAAGAGGGAGAGGUCGGGAGAUAAACCGCAGGGGUCGAGAUGGGAGAAGAGGGAUCGGAGUUGCCAGAAAGAUCCACCCCAAAAAUUUGAAAAGUAUACCUCGACCACCGUUCCACUCGAGCAAGUGCUGAUGGAGAUCAAAAACCAAAGGUUGCUUAAGUGGCCGGAAAGGAUGAACGCCUCGUCAACUAAGCGAAGUAAAGGCCGAUAUUGCCUUUUCCACUGGGAUCAUGGCCAUGCAACUCAGGAUUGUUUUGAUCUUAAGGAAGAGGUGGAAGGACUAAUCCUAAGGGGCUACCUUAAAGAGUAUGUAGAGGAACCUAAAGCGACACAAAACGGCGAAAGCGACAAGUCUCCCGCUCGAGAGAUUCGAACUAUAAUGGGAGGCCCCAUAGAAAGAGAAUCUGGGAGAAAAAGAAAACCAGAUGUGCGAGAAGCUAGGGCGAGUCGCGAGCAAAAUGAGGUCUACCACGUGUAUACUACAAACCGACCGGUGACGAUUGAGUUUUCAGAGGACGAGGCGACUCACCUCCUUCACCCUCAUAACGAUGCACUGGUUAUCACUUUGAAGAUAGCAAAUGUGAGAGUACAUCGAAUCUUGGUGGAUGGGGGCAGCUCGGCGGAUAUCAUCUCCUGA